AUGGCAGCCACCACAGCCGCUUCCACGAUCUUCAAAUGCUUGAGUGGCACUUGGACUCUUCAUCGAACUCUCACAUCUGCAAUCCCAUCCUUUCCGUCCGGUACAUUCACCGGAUCUGCCACCUUCACUCCCAUCUCCUCUUCCUCCUCUUCCUCUUCUUCUGAUCAAAAACAAACCCUGCUAUACACCGAAACCGGAGAACUGAUAACCACCAACGGCCUUACUCUGCGUGCCAAUAAAAAAUACAUCUACACCUACUCCCCAACCGACGAUAAACUCUCAGCUUGGUUUGUCAAGGAAUCACGUGGCGACGACGAAAAUCGAAAAAAAGACAACAGCGAAACCGGAAACAACGCAAUUGGUGGUAGUAAUGCUAAUAACGUGGAGAUUGAUUAUUUAUUCCAUGAAUUAGUGUUUGGAGAUCAAGGAGGAGGUGAGGGGGUGAGUGCAGAUGGGAAGUGGAAGGCGAUAGGAGAUCAUCUUUGUAUUAAAGACAAUUAUUCUGCAAGAUAUGAAUUUGAGAUAGGGAACGGGGAGCUUAGGAGGUGGAUGCUGAGGUAUGAUGUUAAGGGCCCGGCGAAGGAUUAUGUUAGUGAGACUCGGUUUGAGAGAUGA